AUGAAAAAAAAAAAACUUACCGGAAAUGCUCACACAUUAGCUGGAAAAGGAAGAACAAAAGGUUUUUCGGGCACCGAUGAUCGUAAUGAUACGAUGCCUGAAUCAGUUAUACCAGAGCGAUUACCAUCUCAAAAGGGAAUAAAUGGUAAAAUGUUACAUAUUUUAUCACGAAAAAUAAAUAAUACGUAUAUAUCAAUUAUGGACAUAUUUAGUACUAAAGAUGUUUUAAAUAAAGUUUGUGUUUAUGUUAAGAAAAAUAAACAUUGUUUUGUAUUGAUUGACGCAGACGCUCUUAUUACAGAAAUGAAUAAUUUUAAUGUAUCUCAAUAUCUGAUUAACAAAAUUGAUACAAGAUUCCGUGGUAUUGUUUACUUUUCUGAUGAGGAUAAUAAAAUAAUGGUUAUAUUAAGAGAUGGAAAAUCUUUACCAUUAUCAACAUGCCAUAUUAAUAAUAAAGAAGUAUUUGUUUAUUUGGACCAAAUUCAUACUCGUGGAACAGAUUUAAAGUUACCUUUAACUGCAAACAGAAUUGUAACACUCGAAAAAACUAUGAGCAAAGAUAAACUUAUGCAAGCAGUUAUGCAUCUUCGUGAUCUUGAUUUUAAACAAUCGAUUGUAUUCUGGAGUUCAAAAGAAAUUUCAGCAGAAAUUGCCAUUAUAAAUGAUAUUAAAUUAAAUGAUAUAACGAGUAAACAUGUUUUAACAUGA